AUGGCGCCCGUUGCACCGGUGUAUGUGCCACCACAACAGGCAUACAACGAUAAACCUAAAGAAGAGUCGUCAACGAAAUCCGCAAAAAAAGGAGGUGGCGGAGGGAUGUUCAGUUGGUUGCCAUGCUGUUCAAGUACUUCAAACGAAAAGAAUGCGCCGACGGAACGAAGAUUACGAGCUAACGAUAGGGAAUAUAAUGCACAAUUCAAAUAUGCAGACAAUGUAAUCAAAACGUCCAAAUACAAUAUAAUCACCUUCAUUCCUCAAAAUUUAUUCGAACAAUUCCAGCGGAUAGCCAACUUUUAUUUUUUAGUUUUAAUGAUAUUACAGUUUAUUCCUCAAAUUUCCUCAAUUUCCUGGUAUUCUACAGCGGUUCCACUGGUUAUUGUAUUGGCAUUUUCAGCUAUUAAAGAUGGGUACGAUGAUGCGCAAAGGCACAUAUCUGAUCGAAAUGUAAAUGGUCGAAAAUCCUACGUAGUUCGAAAUGGAAGUCUAUGUGAAGAAGACUGGAGUAAUGUUAAAGUUGGAGAUGUGAUACGAAUGAUGAGUAAUCAAUUUGUGGCGGCUGAUCUUCUAUUAUUAUCAACGUCGGAACCAUAUGGAGUAUGUUUUAUUGAAACUAUGGAAUUGGAUGGAGAAACAAAUCUGAAAAAUCGUGCCGCUAUUGCAUGUACCCAGGAAAUGGGCGACGAUUUGGAUGGGAUUACGCGCUUUGAUGGAGAAAUAAUCUGUGAACCUCCCAAUAACAAACUAGACAAGUUCAAUGGAAAAUUAAUAUGGAAUAAUCAUGAAUAUGGAGUUAAUAAUGAUAAUAUUCUGCUGAGAGGAUGUAUUUUGAAGAACACGAGAUGGUGUUAUGGAGUUGUCGUUUUUGCUGGAAAAGAUACAAAAUUAAUGAUGAACAGUGGAAAAACAAAGUUCAAAAGAACGUCUCUCGACCGAUUUUUGAAUAUUUUAAUCGUCGGAAUUGUGCUUUUUCUCAUUGCAAUGUGCCUAAUUUGUACGAUUUUGUGUGCUGUAUGGGAAUAUCAAACUGGAAGAUAUUUUACUAUUUAUCUACCGUGGGACGAUGUGGUUCCUAGUCCUGAACAAAGAGGUGGCCGCCAAAUUGCCCUUAUCGCCUUCCUCCAGUUCUUCUCCUACAUCAUUCUUCUCAAUACAGUUGUACCAAUUUCUUUAUAUGUGUCUGUGGAAAUUAUUCGAUUUAUUCAUUCAUUAUGGAUUAAUUACGACACUCAAAUGUAUUAUGAAAAUGGAGAGAAAAGUGUCCCAGCAAAGGCACAUACAACAACUUUAAAUGAGGAGUUGGGACAAGUUCAAUAUGUGUUCAGUGACAAGACUGGAACGUUGACAAGGAAUAUUAUGACUUUUAAUAAGUGUACCAUUAAUGGGAUCUCGUACGGAGACAUUUAUGAUCACAAGGGAGAGGUUAUUGAGACGAAUGACAAAACCAAAUCUCUCGACUUUUCCUGGAAUUCAGCGUCCGAACCCACAUUCAAAUUUUUCGAUAAAAAUCUAGUUGAUGCUACAAAACGUCAAGUACCAGAAAUUGAUCAAUUCUGGAGACUACUGGCUCUUUGUCAUACUGUAAUGCCUGAAAGAGAUAAAGGACAACUGGUUUAUCAGGCACAAUCACCUGAUGAACAUGCUCUAACGUCAGCUGCAAGGAAUUUUGGUUAUGUUUUCCGAGCAAGAACGCCUCAAAGCAUUACGAUUGAAGUGAUGGGAAAUGAGGAAACUCAUGAAUUAUUGGCAAUUCUUGAUUUUAAUAAUGAUCGAAAAAGAAUGUCUGUAAUUGUGAAAGGACCUGAUGGAAAGAUUCGAUUGUAUUGUAAAGGCGCUGAUAUGAUGAUUAUGCAGAGAAUACAUCCAUCAACAUCUCAAAUAAUGCGUACCUCAACCAAUACUCAUCUCGCUGAUUUUGCAAAUAUCGGUCUUCGAACGCUUUGUUUGGGAUACAAGGAUCUUGAUCCAGCGUACUUUUCGGAUUGGGAUUCUCGAGUCAAAAAGGCGUCCGCAGCCAUGCAGGACAGAGAAUCUGCGGUCGAUGCUCUUUACGAAGAAAUUGAAAAAGAUCUGAUAUUGAUUGGUGCAACGGCUAUUGAAGACAAGCUUCAGGAUGGUGUUCCAGAGGCAAUUGCAAGACUUUCAGAAGCUAAUAUCAAGAUUUGGGUGCUUACCGGGGAUAAGACAGAAACGGCUAUAAACAUUGCCUACUCGUGUCGCCUUCUGACCGAUGAAACCAAGGAAAUUGUUGUAGUUGAUGGGCAAACUGAUACCGAAGUCGAAGUACAGCUAAAAGAUACAAGAAACACAUUUGAACAGAUUUUGGCAUUGCCGUCACCGCUUGGAGGAAAGCCACGUAUUGAAAUUGAGACAAUCCACGAGGAGUCCGAGGCUAUUUCCUCUGCAAGGAGUAUGGAUAGAAACAUUGUAACUCCUGAUUUGAAAUCAGCAGAAAUGGCUGAACACGAGAGUGGAGGUGUUGCUUUGGUAAUAAAUGGAGAUUCAUUGGCUUUUGCUCUUGGUCCAAGACUUGAAAGAACUUUUCUUGAAGUGGCUUGUAUGUGUAAUGCAGUAAUAUGUUGCCGAGUGACACCACUUCAAAAAGCUCAAGUAGUUGAUCUAGUAAAACGAAACAAAAAAGCAGUGACACUUUCAAUUGGAGACGGAGCAAAUGAUGUCAGUAUGAUCAAGACAGCUCAUAUUGGAGUUGGAAUUUCUGGCCAAGAAGGAAUGCAAGCAGUAUUAGCAUCAGACUAUUCAAUCGGACAAUUCAAAUAUCUUGAACGUCUUCUUCUUGUUCACGGUCGAUGGUCUUACAUUCGAAUGGCAAAGUUCCUCAGAUACUUUUUUUACAAAAACUUUGCAUUUACACUUACCAACUUCUGGUAUUCAUUCUUCUGUGGAUAUUCUGCUCAAACAGUUUUUGACGCUGUAUUGAUUGCUUGUUACAAUCUCUUUUUCACAGCACUUCCUGUUUUGGCAAUGGGAUCUUUGGAUCAAGAUGUUGAUGAUCAUUAUUCACUGAGAUAUCCUAAGCUUUAUCUGCCGGGACAGUUCAAUUUGUUCUUUAAUAUGAGAAUAUUUAUUUAUUCUGUACUUCAUGGAAUGUUUAGUUCCCUUGUGAUAUUCUUCAUUCCAUAUGGUGCAUUUUACAACGCAGCUGCUGCUUCUGGAAAGGAUUUGGACGAUUACUCGGCUCUUGCUUUCACUACUUUUACUGCAUUAGUUGUAGUUGUUACUGGACAGAUAGCCUUCGACACGAGUUAUUGGACGGCAAUUUCGCAUUUUGUAAUCUGGGGAUCACUUGUUCUGUAUUUCCUUGUUUGCUUCCUUCUUUACGAAUGGCUUCCAGUUUCAUGGAUUGUCAAAACAUCAUCUUCAAUCUCAUAUGGUGUCGCUUUUCGAACAAUGGUUACUCCUCACUUCUGGUUUUCAAUUCUAAUGGUUUCAGUUGUACUGUUACUACCAGUUAUGCUUAAUCGAUUCUUCUGGCUUGAUACACAUCCAUCAUUUGCUGAUAGGCUGAGAAUUCGAAAGAAAAUGGGCAAGAAACCAUCGGCGAAAGAUGAUAAAAAAACCGCAUUCAAACGCACGGCAGCAACUCGACGAAGUGUCCGUGGAUCACUUAGAAGUGGUUACGCAUUCUCUCAUUCACAAGGAUUCGGAGAACUCAUUCUCAAAGGAAAAUUGUUCAAAAAUGUGGAAAAUCUACGGGGAAAGAAUAAUUCGAAUGCGAAAAUUCACCCGACUUCUGAUGACUUGCAGCCGAUGCUUAUUUCUAGUGUGCCUGAUGACAGCCAAGGAGCUUCAAGUAUUAAUGCAAUGCACCUUCCAAUGGGUACACGUCCACAGAAUGUACCCCAUACAUUGAAUGUAAAUACUGAUGACUGGUCUCAAUCAUCGGAUUUCCGUCCAGCCUAUGCAAAGGAACCAUCACCACUGCAGGGUACAGUAAUCCGUGGCGAUGGACGGAGCCAUAGAAACCACGUGUAUUCGCGGGAAACUCAGGUCGAAGAACAACCAGACGUAAUCACUCGCCUUUAAAAUUCAUUUUUUGCAUUUAUUUUCCGAUUUUCUUUCAAACAUUCUUCCCCGUCUUGUAGGCACCGGUUUUAGGCUCUCAAUUGGGUUUUGUUUGCUCUUUUUCUUCAAUUUGCUGUAAUUAUAUAAUUGGUGAUCGCUGAUAAUGUGAUUGAUAUCAAAAUGGGUAAUUUAUGAUGUAUUCCAAUCGUGUAAUUUUUGAAAUAUUCAAUAAAUAAUUGUUCAU